CUCUGGCUCAGUCUCUCCACGGUGCGGACGCACGAAGCGGAGCUGCGCGCAACCAGAGCAAAGCGGGAGAACCGGAGUGCGUUCAGAGUGCGCCGGAGUGCAUGAGUGAGAGAGAGAGAGACAGAGAGAGAAAGAGAGAGGAUGCGCGGCGUGUGAGGCGCUCUCGCGGGGAGAAAGAAGCGCUCGAGCGGCUCCAACCGGAGGACCAGCAGGUGGAAGGAGAUACGCAUACGCACGCGCUUUCACGCGCACGGACAUAGGUACGGACGGACGGACGCACGCGCGCGCGCGGGGAUAGAGGGGAAGACGAGAGGCUCGGACUCAGCUUGGAGAAGCAGCCUAAGAAUGUGCCGGGGUGUGGAUGCGAUGGGGUCAGUGGUUUUGGGGUGGAUUGCACUCCUCUGCUUUUGUGGCGUCUCCUUCACUUCCAUCACCUACCAUCUACGCGAGGAGCAACCGCCCAACACUUUGGUUGGAAGUCUUGCCUCUGAUCAGGGCUUGCCUGACACUGGCCACCUUUACAAGCUCGAGGUGGGCGCCCCAUACUUGCGGGUGGAUGGCAAGACGGGGGACAUAUACACCACAGAAGUUCCAAUAGACAGAGAGACGCUGAAGGAUUGCCGGAACUUGUUUGAGGGGGAUCCCUGUUACCUCGAGUUCGAAGUAUCCAUCACGGAUCUGAUGAAAGGCUCUGGUCCGCGGCUUAUCGAAGGCCGCAUUGAAAUCCAAGACGAGAAUGAUAACACACCACAGUUCCCUUCACCCAUCCUCGAACUGGCCAUUCCAGAGAAUACCUAUGUCGGGGCCCACUACUCCAUUCCUGUGGCCACGGACAAAGAUGCAGGAAGCAACGGGAUUGCGGAUUACAAGCUGAGCGCAGGCUCAGAUGCGGCAAACCUGUUCAGCCUGCAGGUGGCGGAUAAUUCGGACGAAAAGGUGCCACAGCUGAUCGUGUUGGGAAACCUGGACCGUGAACAGCGGGACACCUAUGACCUCAGCAUCAAGGUGAUAGAUGGCGGAACACCGCCGCGCUAUAGCAGCGCCCUCCUCAGGAUCACCAUCACUGACACCAAUGACAACGUGCCCAAAUUCGAACGCUCACACUACGAGGGAGAACUGGCUGAGAACACGCCUGUGGGUCAGUCUGUUCUGCAGGUAAAGGCCAAUGAUGAUGACCUGGGAGCUAAUGGACAAGUGACCUACAGCUUGCACCAGCCACCACCCAUUGUGCAACGUCUCCUUCACAUCGACCACAAUACAGGUAUCAUUCAAGUGAAAGGUGCAGUGGACCGCGAGGAGGUUUCUCUCCUCAAGUUCUCCGUCCAGGCCAGAGACAAUGGCCCACAGGCCAAGAGCUCCAAAGCCACAGUGACAAUUACUGUGAAGGACAAGAAUGACAAUGCACCUUCUAUCAGGAUCCGCGGCUUUGGCCUGGUGGCUCAUGAGGAUGGGAUUGCCAAUGUUUCUGAGGACAUGCCUGUGGGUACCCCUGUGGCUCUGGUGGAGGUUUCAGACCGAGAUGAAGGUGAGAAUGCUGUGGUAACUUGUGUGGUGGCAGGAGAUGUGCCCUUCCAGCUACGUUCAGCUUCAGACACUAGCAGCAAGAGAAAGUACUUCCUCCAGACCACUACACCUCUGGACUAUGAGCGGAUCAAGGAAUAUAGGAUUGAAAUUGUGGCUGUGGAUUCUGGCAACCCUGCUCUCUCCAGCACAAACUCACUGAAGGUGCAGGUGACAGAUAUGAAUGACAAUGCUCCAGUCUUCUCUCCUUCUCUGUAUGAAGUAGAUUUUGCAGAGGAAAACCAGCCAGGUGAUAAAGUUCUGGACGUAGUGGCUACAGAUGCUGAUAGUGGCACCAAUGCAGAGCUGAUAUACAGUAUCAUCACAGACUCCGCCACUAAGGGGCUCUUCGAGAUUAACCAGAACACUGGAGAGAUCAGAGUGAUGAAUCAGCUGGACCGUGAGUACAAGGAGCGCUAUGAGUUUCACGUAGAAGCGGCAGACAAAGGGGUACCCAGUUUGAGGGGCACGGCCACAGUGGUGGUCAGGGUUCUUGAUCGCAAUGACAAUGAUCCCAAGUUUAUGUUGGGUGGCUACAGCUUCUCAGUUCUGGAAAAUAUGCCUCCUCUUAGUGCUGUUGGAAUGGUCACAGUCUUAGAUGCAGACAAGGGUGAGAAUGCUCGUGUUCAUCUGUCUGUGGAACCAGACAAUGGCAAGUUUGUGAUUCAAAAUGGUACAGGAACCAUCCUCUCUAGCAUCUCCUUCGACAGGGAAAAGGAAAGCACCUACACUUUCCGCUUGAAGGCUGUGGAUGGAGGUGAACCUCCUCGUUCCUCUUACGUGGGCAUCACCAUCAAUGUCCUGGAUGAGAAUGACAAUGCUCCAUAUGUUACCAAGCCUUCCAAUUCAUCAUACAAGUUCCUGCAGCCCCUAACAAGCCCUGAUACUAGAGUGGAAAAGGUGGAAGCAGAGGAUAUUGAUACUGGGAUGAACGCUGAACUUGUCUUUAGCAUCACAGGGGGAAAUCCUCAUGGCCUGUUCCGCAUUUCUCCCACGGAUGGUGAGAUCACUCUGGCCAAAGAAUUCACCCGGAAGCAUAAUGGCCUUCACCGCCUGGUUGUAAAAGUCAGCGAUAAGGGCAAACCUGCCAGGCACACAACCGCACUGGUCCACAUCUUCGUCAAUGACACCAUCAGCAAUGUUACAUUGGUGGAAUCUCUGGUUGGCCACAGCCUCUAUACUCCACUGGACAUGGACAUUGCUGGGGAUCCAUCUUACGAGCGUGUCCAGCGCAGCAACAUCCUGUAUGGAAGCCUUGCAGGAAUUGCUGGGGUUAUCCUAGUCAUUGUAGUUGUGGUGGUCAUCAGGCACCGUCUGCAGAAGGAGACCAAGAGUGGGUAUCAGGCUGGCAAGAAGGAGACAAAAGAUCUUUAUGCUCCCAAGGCGGGUCCCAAGAGCAGCAAAGGCAAGAAGGGUAAGAAGGGCAAGGCGCCAAAGCCAGCCAAACCUUUAGAGGAGGAUGAGGAGGCUAGCCUUCAGAAAGGCUUGAAGUUUAAUCUUAUAAAUGAUAGUGUUACUGACAGUCCCAGGAUUCACCUGCCCUUGAAUUAUCCUCCAGGAAGCCCUGAUUUGGGUCGCCACUACCGCUCAAACUCCCCGUUGCCCUCCAUUCAGCUGCAGCCCCAGUCCCCCUCUGCCUCCAAGAAGCACCAAGCAGUGCAAGACCUGCCAGCCACCAACACCUUUGUAGGAACUGGGGACAACAACUCAACCGGUUCGGACCAGUAUUCGGAUUACAGCUACAAGACCAACCCUCCGAAAUAUAGCACCAAACAGCUCCCGCACCGCCGAGUGACCUUCUCCACAGCCAAUCAGGCACAGGACCUGCAGGACCCCUCCCAGCACAGUUACUAUGACAGCGGUCUGGAGGAGUCGGAGACGCCAAGCAGUAAGAGCUCAUCUGGGCCCAGGAUCGGCCCCCUUGCCCUGCCUGAGGACCACUAUGAGCGGACCACGCCAGACGGCAGCAUCGGGGAGAUGGAGCACCCCGAGAACGAUUUAAGGUCUCUGCCAGACGUUGCUAUGACAGGAAAUUGUACGCGUGAGUGCACUGAGUUUGGCCACUCCGACUCCUGCUGGAUGCCCGGCCAGCCCUCGCCGAACCGCAACAAAACCACAACCAAGGGUGGCCCCAAAUUGUCCACAUUCGUGCCUUACCCGGAGAGGGAGUCGCAGGACCAGCUGAUGGCUAACGGCAGCCCCAAGCCCAUCGGGGAGGAGCACGGAGGGGGAAACAAGAUGGCCGCCAUCCGCUUCCUGCCACCGUACACCAGUGCCUACUCUGCGGGCGGUGAGGCGGGCAAAGACUGCCCCCUAGAGGAGAUCCCGCUGAGCCAGACGGCAGAUUAUGCGUCGGCCACCACUCCAUCCAGCCAGGGCUCCAAGAGAGAGAUCUACCUGUGAAGCUCCCACUUAGCGUGGGUCGUCCUCACCUGAGAUAACCUAACGCUACAGGUGUGCUCGUCACCCACAAUCCACUCUGCCUAUAGGAGGAAGAUUCUGAAUCACCUCCAAAAUCACCUCCACCACCCGACCCCUUGUAAUCGGCCUCCUCCUUCAUGUCUGUGGAUGAAGAAUCGGAAUCCUGCUUCCGUGUUUUGUACGUAGAAAGCCUGACCAAUCACGCGAGUGCGAGUUUGUGUUUGUGAAUACUGAAUGAAGGAUACUCACUUUUCAAUCAAACUUCUGCUGAAAGAAUGUAAUUACAGUUUUUAAAUCCGACUUUGUGAUAAUUUAACGUAAGCUGUAUAGGUAAAGGUUCCUACUUGAGUUGUUUUUGUUUGUUUUUUUUUCCUUCAUUACUUUUUUAGACUAUUUCGGUUGAACUGAGGACAAGCUUAGUUUAAAACAUGUACACUGACUUGUAUGUAUACACACAUACACAUCCUGUAAUGGACUGUUCUGUAGGCGGCGCUGUGCUUUAUAUUUUGUGUAGCUGCUGGAUCAAUGUCAAAAAACAAACCGUAUGGCAAUUGCGUAAGCACUGAAAGUGUUUCCAGCAGCAGACAUUUCACUUGGGGAAGUUUUCCCUUCAAUGUACAAUGAUGUAAAUAUGAUGAGCGGCCAGCCUGGAAGACAUUAGCAUUAGCGCAGGCUUGACUAAUCACAGUAGAAAAGAAGAAGAAGAAGAAGACGACCACCACCAUAACCCUCAAGCAUCACCCAAACACUCGGGAUUUGGAUUAAAACCAAAACACUGGGGGAAAACAAAUGGAAAACAGCAGGUCAGUCUAAUGCGAUUUGUCAGAUUUGAAAAGUUGCCACAGCUCCCAUGCGUGGAUUUCAGCAGGACCUCCAUGGAGAGCAGGUGGCUCCAUCAGACACUUUUCCACCGUCUCUCACGUGUCAUUGCUGUGAUCUUUAGAGGGGGGCCACGGAUCUAAACAUGCGUUUUCACCAGUACCUUCACAUACGAGGCAUUUCAAAUCCUGACUUUAAGAACACUUUGAUGGACCUCUCUGUCCACGUCGCACUACCUGUUCCUCAGUCGCUUUUGUGUGUGGAUGGAUGCUUCAGAGACUUCUUGUACAUGAAUGGAUGGAUGGAUGGAUGGUGGGUCAAACCCAGUCAGAUACACAAAGCAACAGCAGUGAUGAACUGUGUUCAUUCCAUUAAAUUAAUCAAACUAGUCAGAUGGUCUGUACAGUUUAGAACAUUAAGUCUGGAAAAGUAAGAGCUAGCUUUGAGGCUAAUGUUGUAGGAUUAGCAUUCUUGGGUCUAAAAUAUUAGCUGCUUCAUUAUUGACCAUAUCUUUUUCAUUUUCAAGAGAAGGUUCUUCAAUAAUUUCUUUAAUAACCCCCCUAAACUUAUUGGUAAUCCUCAUCCUAAGGCUUAUUAUUCAUGAGAAAUGAUGCUAAAGUAUUAGUUAUUAUGAAAUUAUAUAAAUGUGGAAUGGAGGGUUGGUCCUGCUGGUAGAACUGGGAAUAUUAAAGGGUUAAAAGUUGUUAUUAAUAAUGUGUGACAGUAAUGGAAAUAGCACCUGUGGUAACGCUGGUGAACAGAAGUUGUAAUCAGUGGGAAAACAGAGGAAUAUGCCACACACAGUCUGCCAUAAGUGACCUCAGCAUGCACACUGUUCUUCUCCAACGUCCACCACAGGGACAGACCGACUGGUGUCCUUUGGAUGGUGGAAGAAAGUGCAAAACAAACUGUCUGGCUUUAUGUGCUAAAACUUUCAUGCAGUCACUUGAAAGUAAACUGUAACCGUCUUAACCUGUUAAACUUCAAGGCUUACUGAUGGACAACAAUAUUGAUGGACUAGUUACUAUUCAGUUAGACCACUGAGGAAUGGAAAGCUGGAUUUGCUAGCACAUUUUGUGAAACAACCAAUCAAAAUGCUGAAAAAGUACCAUACGAUGACUUCAAACAAUGUUACUCUGAGCUAAAUAUAUGCUGGAAGACUGUUAGCUUAGAUAGCUCACUGGUCACCAGCAAAUAAUCAAUAUCAUUAACUAGCCAACAUGCAUUCAUCAGCACAUGCCAGUCUGCUGCUUUAAUUUCCUACUACCUUUGUGAUCUACGUAGCUACGUUAUUAAUUUCUCUUAACCCCCACUUACAUCAUACAACUACGUCAGCUGUUUCUGCCAUUUCAGAUGUUUCAGCUUGUAACCCUGUGUGAAAGUUUCUCUGUGUAAAGAUGGGCUGAGUGAAGCUUAUGCCUUUCUUCUUUCUCUGCUCCUCCAGCUGAAAGGGAAUAAACGCCAGAGCCCCUUGUGUCCCUGCCGUCACGACGCACGUACAAGUUCAUUUAGUUCAUGUCAAAAUCCCUGUUUGAUCAUUUAAAGAUCAAACACUAGACUGUCUAAUGCAGUCGGUCGGAUCACGCUGAGGUCCAGCUAGAGCAAACAAACCAUUUCUCACAGUGACAGAACCAGCAGUCAGAUAGUAGCCUCUCAACCUCUGGACGGGCACUGCUGGGGUUUAGCAUGACCUGGGGCAGAAAGAGAGAGAGAGAGAGAGAGAGAGAGAGAGAGAGAGAGACAGAG